GGGAACAGAGACAGAGUCCGCAGAAAGCAGAGGAAAUGGCAGAUAAUUGAAAUCGCAUUCUUUUAAUUGUAGUUUACACUGACACACACACACUCUCUCUCUCGCUUUCUCUCUCUCUCUCUCUCUCUCUCUCGUUGUUGCGGGAAAGUUCAACUGUGCAUUACUUUGCAAUUCAACUGGGCAUAUUACUGUGCGUUCAAAUCCUUGCUUAGUACAUCCAUGGCGGACACAUCACAUGGCCCUUCAAGUUUCUGGACUCAAGCUGAUGCUUUGCUUAGAAAGAACUUAACUUAUCAGAAACGAAAUGCUAAGACAAAUUGCAGGCUCAUUUUAUUUCCAUUUAUCCUCUGCAUACUACUUGUUAUCACUCAAAGUUUGCUUGACCAUGAAUUGAACAAGGCUAGUAGGAAGUGUGGUUGUAAAGAUGUUGAUAUAAAUGGAAAUGGACAACUGGAGAAAGUUUGUGGUUUGCAAUACUCAGAUGCAUUUCAAGCUGCCACCUGUUCCAUUCCGAGCCCCCCGCAAUGGCCUCCUCUCUUACAAAUUCCAGCUCCUCAGUAUCGUGCAGUCAGAUCUGAAGUUAUUCCAUUUACAGACUUGCCAAAUGAUUCAUGCAGGAGUACAGGGUCCUGUCCUGUAACUAUACUCUUCACUGGAAAUAAUCAAUCACUUGGAGAAAAUUUGGCUGGGAAUAUGUUCCCAAGUUCUUUCACUGUCAAUUCUUCCAAUUAUAUGGACAGUUUAGCCUACAAUGCGCUGGGUUCAGAUACAGAGCCAAAAAGAGAUAAUUUUAUUGAUCCAGCUUUCAUUGAGAAUUCUACUCUCUAUUAUGUUCAGCAUCAAUGUGCAUCAAACUCCACAUUAUCUAUUUCUGUUCAGUCAGUCAUUGAAUUUCAAAAAGAGGCAGCAUGUGUUCAAGAUCUAAAGUUGUGGCGCAAUAGUUCUUCUGAGAUAAAUGAACAGCUAUUCAAAGGAUACCGUAAAGGGAAUUCUGAUGAGAAGAUUAAUGAGAUACUUGCAGCCUAUGAUUUCUUAAACUCCAACGGUAAUAAUUUUAAUGUGAGCAUAUGGUACAAUUCAACCUAUAAAGAGGGUGACAUUCAAGGCCAAUUUAACUAUCUGCGAGUUCCUCGCUUUGUGAAUCUGGUGUCAAAUGCCUACCUACAGUUUUUCCAAGGGCCUGGUACAAAAAUGCUAUUUGAGUUUGUCAAAGAAAUGCCUAAAGCUGCCAGCAAAAUCAAUGUGGAUCUGGCAUCUCUUCUUGGCACACUCUUCUUUACAUGGGUUAUUCUACAGCUAUUUCCUGUGGUGCUGACAUCAUUGGUAUAUGAGAAACAACAAAAACUGAGAAUCAUGAUGAAAAUGCAUGGACUUGGUGAUGGUCCUUACUGGAUGAUUUCCUAUGCAUAUUUUCUUUCCAUAUCUUUGAUGUACAUGUUGGUUUUUGUGAUAUUUGGCUCAGUUAUAGGGUUGAAAUUCUUCACAUUGAAUGACUACGGCAUUCAAAUUGUGUUUUAUUUUAUAUACAUAAACCUGCAAAUUUCCGUGGCCUUUCUAGUCGCUGCAUUCUUUUCCAAUGUUAAGACUGCUACAGUUGUAGGCUACAUAGGCGUCUUUGGAACGGGGCUGUUGGGUGGUUUCCUUUUCGCAAACUUUGUUGAAGACUCAUCAUUUCCUAGAGGCUGGAUCAUUGUGUUGGAGUUAUAUCCUGGUUUCUCUCUAUAUCGUGGUUUAUACGAGUUUUCACAAUACACUUUUACAGGGAAUGCAAUGGGGACACAUGGGAUGCGUUGGGGAAAUUUGAGUGAUAGCAAAAAUGGAAUGAGACAGGUCUUGAUUAUCAUGUUUGUUGAGUGGUUAGUGCUACUUUUUGUUGCAUAUUAUGUGGAUCAAGUUUUAUCCUCUGGAAGUGGAAAAAGUCCUCUAUUUUUCUUGCAAAAUUUUGGGAAGAAGCGUCCAUCAUCUUUUCGGAAGCCUAGUUUGCAAAGGCAGGGAUCUAAAGUUUUUGUUGAUAUGGAUAAACCUGAUGUCAUUCAGGAGAGAGAGAAGGUUGAGCAGUUACUGCUGGAGCCAAGCACAACUCAUGCAAUUAUCUGUGACAACCUACAAAAGGUGUAUCCAGGAAGGGAUGGAAACCCUGAAAAACUGGCAGUACGAGGGAUCUCUCUUGCUUUGCCUCCAGGAGAGUGCUUUGGUAUGCUCGGUCCCAAUGGUGCUGGGAAGACCUCUUUUAUUAGUAUGAUGAUUGGGCUCACAAAGCCAACAUCGGGGACGGCUUAUGUUCAGGGUUUGGACAUACGGACUCAUAUGGAUUGGAUUUAUACCAGUAUGGGCGUGUGCCCUCAGCAUGACCUGCUUUGGGAAACUUUGACAGGAAGGGAACACUUGCUAUUUUAUGGCAGACUUAAAAACCUAAAAGGUUCUGCCUUGAUCCAAGCAGUGGAAGAAUCUCUCAGGAGUGUCAACUUGUUUAAUGGUGGGGUUGCUGAUAAACAAGCUGGGAAAUAUAGUGGAGGUAUGAAGAGGAGGCUUAGUGUUGCAAUAUCACUGAUUGGGGAUCCCAAAGUUGUCUACAUGGAUGAACCCAGUACUGGAUUAGAUCCAGCUUCGAGAAGCAAUCUGUGGAAUGUAGUGAAGCGUGCAAAGCAAGACCGUGCAAUUAUUCUCACCACACAUUCAAUGGAAGAGGCAGAAGCCUUAUGUGACCGAUUAGGAGUUUUUGUUGAUGGCAGCUUGCAGUGCAUAGGAAACCCAAAAGAGCUGAAGGGUAGAUAUGGUGGUUCUUAUGUGUUUACAAUGACAACAUCUUUGGAUCAUGAGCAAGAGGUGGUGAUGAUGGUGCAACAACUCUCCCCCAAUGCUGAACGGACUUACCAUACAUCUGGAACACAGAAGUUUGAGAUGCCAAAAAAUGAGGUCAGAAUUGCAGAUGUAUUUCAUGCAGUUGAGAUUGCUAAAAGCAGAUUCCCAGUUUUUGCUUGGGGUUUGUCUGAUACCACCUUAGAGGAUGUCUUCAUCAAGGUGGCUAAUGGGGCCUAGCUAUAGCCAUUCAACAUCUCUUUACUUUGUUGGAGAUCAUUUUCUUUUGCAAAUAAUCAGCUUUAGUUUUAGAAAAUGUAAUAUGCAUAGUAGACGCAUACCUCUGCAUGUAACUCAAUAUCAUUUUCCAAUCAUAAUAUAUUUAUGUUCUAUUUAUUUA